AUGUUGGGUGUAGGGCCCCCCAGGGCACGCAGGGCGCCCCUGCAGCGCUCAGAUACCGCCCCUGAGGAGCUGGAACUGGAGAAGCGCUUGGAGGCGGAGUGGCGCAGACGGUCCCUGGCCCGGGCCAACUCGGCUGACCGGCCGUCGUCAGCAGCGCCGCCGCGCACGGCCUACACUCUCCCUGCCGCCUUCCCUGAGACCAUCUUCCCCAGAGAAUCUCUCCCCCAAAGACAAUCUUCCUUAUUGAUCAUCUCCCCAGAGACAAUCGUCCCCAGAGACAAUCUUCCCCAGAGACUAUCUCCCCCAGAGACAAUCUUCCCCACAGACCAUCUCCCCCAGAGACUAUCUCUCCCAGAGACCAUCUUCCCCAGAGACAAUCUUCCCCGAGGCAAUCUUCCCCAGAGACCAUCUCCCCCAGAGAUCAUCUCCCCCAGAGACAAUCUUCCCCAUAGACCAUCUCCCCCAGAGACCAUGUCCCCCAGAGAUCAUCUUCCCCAGAGACAAUCUUCCCCAGAGACCAUCUCCCCCAGAGACCAUCUCCCCCAGACACCAUUUUCCCCAGAGACCAUCUUCCCCAGAGACCAUCUCUCCCAGAGAUCAUCUCCCCCAGAGACAAUCUUCCCCAUAGACCAUCUCCUCCAGAGACCAUGUCCCCCAGGGACCAUCUUCCCCAGAGACAAUCUUCCCCAGAGACCAUCUUCCCCAGAGACCAUCUCCAGAGACCAUCUUCCCCAGAGACCAUCUCCCUCAGAGACUAUAUUCCCCCAGAGACCAUCUUCCCCAGAGACCAUCUCCCCCAGAGACCAUCUUCCCCAGAGACCAUCUCCCUCAGAGACUAUAUUCCCCCAGAGACCAUCUUCCCCAGAGACCAUCUCCCCCAGAGACCAUCUCCCCCAGAGACCAUCUCCCCCAGACACCAUUUUCCCAGAGACCAUCUUCCCCAGAGACCAUCUCUUCCAGAGAUCAUCUCCCCCAGAGACAAUCUUCCCCAUAGACCAUCUCCCCCAGAGACCAUGUCCCCCAGAGAUCAUCUUUCCCAGAGACAAUCUUCCCCAGAGACAAUCUUCCCCAGAGACCAUCUCCCCCAGAGACCAUCUCCCCCAGAGACCAUCUUCCCCAGAGACCAUCUUCCCCAGAGACCAUCUCCCCCAGAGACCAUCUUCCCCAGAGACAAUCUUCUGCAGAGACCAUCUUCCCCAGAGAGCAUCUUCCCCAGAGACCAUCUCCCCCAGAGAUCACCUCCCCCAGAGACAAUCUUCCCCAUAG